CCGCCGCCGCUUCCUUCUGGACCUGGCUUUUCGGCCCCGUCUGCGGGGCCCCGCCCAGGCGGCCGCGGCGCCGGUGACCCGAAGGCGGAAGGGUCCGGAGUAAUAGAGUUCGCAAUGGGGCUCUUCGGCAAGACGCAAGAGAAGCCUCCCAAGGAGCUGGUCAAUGAAUGGUCGUUGAAGAUCAGGAAAGAAAUGAGAGUAGUUGACAGGCAAAUAAGAGAUAUCCAGAGAGAAGAAGAAAAAGUAAAGCGGUCCGUGAAGGAUGCGGCCAAAAAGGGCCAGAAGGAUGUCUGUGUGAUUCUGGCCAAGGAGAUGAUCCGAUCGAGGAAGGCUGUGAGCAAACUGUAUGCAUCCAAGGCCCAUAUGAAUUCUGUUCUCAUGGGCAUGAAGAACCAACUAGCUGUCCUUCGCGUGGCUGGUUCCUUACAGAAGAGCACCGAGGUGAUGAGGGCCAUGCAGAGCCUGGUGAAGAUCCCAGAGAUCCAGGCCACCAUGAGGGAUCUGUCCAAGGAGAUGAUGAAGGCGGGGAUCAUAGAGGAGAUGCUUGAAGACACUUUUGAGAGCAUGGACGAUCAGGAGGAAAUGGAGGAAGCAGCAGAGAUGGAGAUCGACAAGAUUCUCUUUGAGAUCACAGCAGGGGCCCUAGGCAAAGCACCCAGCAAAGUCACCGAUGCCCUUCCAGAGCCCGAGCCUCCAGGGGCAGCCGCCGCCGUGGAGGAGGAGGAAGAGGAGGACGAUGAUCUGGAAGCCAUGCAAUCUCGAUUAGCCACCCUCCGGAGCUAGGUGCGUGCGCCUGCCCUGCCAGCAGCAAGUGGCUCUGGUCUGGCCAGCGGGUGGACCCCACCUCUAGGACACGAGCGACUUUUUCUGCAUCUCCUGUCAAAUCCUUUGUGCGUCUGUUACCGCGUCACAGAGGCCGUUUCUGAUUUCUGUUCAACUCCUCCCUCGAGAGACUUGAGUUGGCCCGGGUGUGGAAGAGGGGGCAGUUAAGCCAAGAUGACUGUUGACACGUUAGUAUAUAUAAUUUCGGGAUUUAAAAGUGCCGAGAGGGGAGCCGAGUCCCUUGAAGCAGGUAGUCUUCCCACAAAGCACUUUUAAGUCUGCUGCUGCUGCCUGAAAGUUAAGUCUUCUGUACAUUUUUCUGAAAAACACUAUAAAUGGAUUUUAAUAAAUUUCUGCUUUAAGCCUG